GGAGUUAAGUGCACGCGGCCGUUUCCUGGAAGAGCCCUUCCCCAAGCGUGAGCAGCCGAUCGGGAACUGCUCCUGCUGAUGCCAGGCCACCUCAGCCCUGGGAGGUGCCCAGCAGGCCACCUGUGCCCAAGUCCGCCCAACUGAAGAUGGCUCGUGGCCGCCCUGGGAUGGAGCCCAGCGCCUGAGAUCCUUACCAUGGUGAUGAUCCUAAGUAAAAGCCUCGACAACCAGGGAGCCGACGCCAUAGCGUGCAGGACCUUGAACCCUGAGCUGCACACGCCAAAGAAGAUGAGUCAAGGACCGACACUUUUCUCUUGUGGAAUUAUGGAAAAUGACAGAUGGCGAGAGCUGGACAGGAAAUGCCCUCUUCAGAUCGGGCACCCGAGCGCCGGCAUCUGGGAGUGCCUGCCUGAGAAGUGUCAGGAUGGCCCCCUGUGGCACCGGGAGGCCGCGACCGCCUGCGCUGUGACCAACCUGAUCAAAGACCUCAGCCUCAGCGACCACAACGGGAACCCCUCAGCACCCCCCAGCAAGCGCCAGUGCCGGUCACUGUCCUUUUCCGAUGAAAUGUCCAGCUGCCGGACAUCGUGGAGGCCCCUGGGCUCCAAGGUCUGGACUCCCGUAGAAAAGCGACGCUGUUACAGCGGGGGCAGCGUCCCACGGUACUCUAACGGCCUCAGCACCAUGCAGAGGAGCUCCAGUUUCAGCCUCCCCUCCCGGGCCAACGCGCUGUCCUCGCCCUACGACCAGGCGGGAUUCCACCACCGAUUCGGAGGUCAGCCUUGCCAGGCGGCACCAGGCUCGGCUGCCUGUGGACAGGCGGGUGACCUCUGGAGCCCCGACCCGAGCCCCGGGGGCGGGGGCCGGCUCGACAUGCAGCGGUCCCUGUCCUGCUCCCAUGAGCAGUUUUCCUUUGCGGAGUACUGUCCACCCUCAGCCAGCAGCACACCUGCCUCCACGCCAGAGCUGGCCAGACGCUCCAGCGGGCUGUCCCGGAGCCGCUCGCAGCCGUGUGUCCUGAAUGACAAGAAGGUUGGAGUCAAGCGGCGGCGCCCGGAGGAGGUGCAGGAGCAGAGGCCUUCCCUCGACCUGGCUAAAAUGGCACAGAACUGUCAGACCUUCAGCAGCCUCAGCUGCCUGAGUGCGGGGAUGGAGGACUGCGGCCCGCACAGCCCCUUUGCCCUGCACGUCAGCAGCACCAGGUCCUGGACCGCCUUGCUCUCGGCCUCAGCCUCCAGCCUGGGGGGCAGGACCCCCGCCGGGACCCCGGUCCCCGAGCCUCUGCCCCCGGCCUUCGACGACCAGCUGGCCUGCAAGGAGGAGCAGUGCUGUGAGGAGUCGGGCGGCUCUGGCCUGAGCGACGGCUGUGCCAGGAGUUGGGGGCCGGCCUCGGCCUGGCGGGACCGCGGGGCAGCCGGGAACAGCCCCUGCUCCCUGGACGGCGAGUUGGACAUCGAACAGAUAGAGAACAACUGAGGGGCGGCGGGCACUUGAGGCGGGGAGCCCCCCGCAGGCCCGGCCACGCCGCACGGCUGCCCGCCCCCGCGCCUCACCGGCACAGCGGCCACGGCCAUCCAUGGGGCCGCCGGAGCCCGAGAGCAGCUUCCUGGGCUGGGCCCCUUCCCCCUGUUUCUCGCCGGCUGCCCUGCCGGGUCCCGCAGGGUCUGCUUCUCUGUGCUCUGUGGGGCUGGUGGGGGCGGCGCGUGCUCAGGGCCGUCCGGCGGGGUCGGGCCCUUCCCGGCCUCCUGCUCAGGUUCAUUUCCGGGGGGUCGGCCCCACAGCUUCCUUCACUCUGUUGUAUUCCGUGCCUUCUCUCCCAGGUCUCCCUGCUUCAGGCUUGGGAAGGUUCGGGAGACGCUUUCCUCUGUAGUAACAUCAGAACCAUUUGGCCUUAAUUCGAAGUGUGGGAGACAGAGGCCCUGGGGUGCCGGGGUGCGGGGGGCUCUCCAUGUCGGAACUCUGGGGGCCUGGGGAACAGCUCGGGCUGCUUGUCGGAGGCGUCUGCGUUGGGUAGACGUGGGUGGGUCUGUUGGCGAAAAGACAACUCCUUGCCUCUCCCGUGGCGUGGAGAGCCUGACCCCGUGGCUCUCUGCCGCUCCCGGAGCCGCUUGGGCAGGGCUGGCAUGUGGCAGCCAUUCUCUGUGGCCAACCUGUCCCUGAGGGAUCAGCUUGAUUCAGGUGAGUGGAGAGAGGUCACUAGUAACGGGCAACCUCUUGAAAACGUCCUCGGGAGGCAGGAGCUGUGAGCAGGUCCGUGCACCCAGGCCCUGUGCACAUUUCAGGGGUGGAGGCGGCUUGUGGGCUGCUCUGGGGACCUGGACCGGGGACCCGCAAGGCCGCCUGCCGUAUUCUAAGCACACUGGCGCUGGUCGGUGGGAUGCUGGCCUUCAUCCCAGUGCA